GGCGGGGCCGGAGGGCGCCAGGAGGCGGAAGUUCCCGCGGGCCGUGGGGACAGCGCACGCACCGCGAGUCACUUGUCAGCGCUCGUCUGAGGCGGAGGCAGCGCCGCGCCGCGCCGAGUCUCUCAUUUUCUGGGAUUGGACUUUGAGCCAUUAGAAUCAUGAGCAACUACAGCGUGUCCUUGGUUGGCCCAGCUCCUUGGGGUUUCCGGCUGCAAGGUGGCAAAGAUUUCAACAUGCCUCUGACAAUCUCUAGUCUAAAGGAUGGCGGCAAAGCAUCCCAGGCGAACGUAAGAAUAGGCGAUGUGGUUCUCAGCAUUGAUGGAAUAAGUGCUCAAGGAAUGACUCAUCUCGAAGCCCAGAACAAGAUUAAGGGCUGUACAGGCUCUUUGAAUAUGACUCUGCAAAGAGCAUCUGCUACAUCCAAGCCUGAGCUGGUUCCUGUUCAAAAGGGAGAACCUAAAGAAGUAGUUAAACCUGUGCCCAUUACAUCUCCUGCUGUGUCCAAAGUCACUUCCACCACCAACAUGACCUACAAUAAGGCACCCCGGCCCUUUGGCUCUGUGUCUUCACCAAAAGUCACAUCCAUCCCAUCACCAUCGUCCGCCUUCACCCCAGCCCAUGCGACCACUUCAUCACAUGCUUCCCCUCCACCCGUGGCUGCUGUCACACCUCCCCCAUUUGCUGCGUCUGGACUGCAUGCUAAUGCCAAUCUUAGUGCUGACCAGCGUCCAUCUGCACUGAGCGCUGGUAAACCUGCAGUUACUGUCCCACGGCAGCCCACAGUCACCAGCGUGUGUGCCGAGACUGCUCAGGAGCUAGCAGAGGGACAGAGAAGAGGAUCCCAGGGUGACAGUAAACAGCAAAAUGGUAACCCUGGCACUGUGAAAAUCCCGCCUAAACGCCCACCAAGAAAACACAUUGUGGAGCGCAACACAGAGUUUUAUCACAUACCCACUCACAGUGAUGCCAGCAAGAAGAGGCUGAUUCAGGAUACUGAAGACUGGCAUCCAAGGACCGGAACAACCCAGUCUCGCUCUUUCCGAAUCCUCGCCCAGAUCACUGGGACCGAGCAUCUGAAAGAAUCUGAAACUGAUAAUACAAAGAAGGCAAACAAUACCCAGGAGCCUUCUCAGCAGCUGCCUGUGUCCGUGGCUUCGGCACGGAGCAUGCCCGAGAGGCCGGCGAGCCCAGCCUCCGCCAGGGCAGGGGUGGCCAGCCUCACCACCGCUGCCGCCUUCAAGCCUCUGGGAUCCAGCAGCGCUGUCAAGUCUCCGGGCUGGCAGCGGCCGCACCAAGCAGCACCUUCCACUGGAAGAAUCUCAAACAGUGCGACUUCCUCAGGAGCAGGGGCACCAGCCAGCUCAGCAGGGGGGCAGCCCCAGCCAGGCGACCAGGAUACUCUAGUGCAGAGAGCCGAGCACAUUCCAGCUGGGAAGCGGACCCCAAUGUGCGCCCACUGCAACCAGGUCAUCAGGGGACCAUACCUGGUGGCACUGGGGAAAUCUUGGCACCCGGAAGAAUUUAACUGUGCGCACUGCAAAAAUACGAUGGCCUACAUUGGAUUUGUGGAGGAGAAGGGAGCCCUGUAUUGUGAGCUCUGCUAUGAGAAGUUCUUUGCUCCUGAAUGUGGUCGAUGCCAAAGGAAGAUCCUUGGAGAAGUCAUCAAUGCCUUGAAACAAACUUGGCAUGUUUCCUGUUUCGUGUGUGUGGCCUGUGGAAAACCCAUCCGUAACAAUGUUUUCCACUUGGAGGAUGGCGAACCCUACUGUGAGACUGAUUACUACGCCCUCUUUGGUACCAUAUGCCGUGGGUGUGAGUUUCCCAUAGAAGCUGGCGACAUGUUUCUGGAAGCUCUGGGCUCUACCUGGCAUGACACUUGCUUCGUGUGCUCAGUAUGUUGUGAAAGUUUGGAAGGUCAGACCUUUUUCUCCAAGAAGGACAAGCCACUUUGCAAGAAACAUGCUCAUUCUGUGAAUUUUUGAAAGUCAACAGUUCAGGAGAUGAGAAGAAAUUUAAAGAGAAAGAGGAGAAUUAAAAUUACAAAUUAGUUUUUAGAUUUAAUAUUUAUAUGGAAUUUUGAAAAAUAAUAGUGGCCCUGAAGGGAUGAAUUCCAGCUUUAAAAACCAAGUCUAUGAGGAAGUAUUUGGCUUUGUAAAGUAAAGAGACAGUUUGGCUUUUAUUAUUACUUUUUUCUGUAUUUUCUGCCCAUAAAAUAACUUUUAUAAAAAUCAACUUCCUGGUUGACUAUUAAAUUCAUCUUAGAAUUAAUUAAUGAAGAAUUAAAUUUUAGAAUAAAAACCUCCAACCUCUAUGCUGAAAUAAUUAUACUUUCUUUCCUUGUUAGGUAGUGAUGAGCAAAUCUGUAAAAGGCAAUGAAGAUGCCUUACACUUUAUCAAUAAGUGAAACGUAGUAUUUUUUUUUAAAUGGUGUUUAUCUUUAUAGCAGUAAAUAGGAAUUUAAACAGAGAAUUUUACCAGUGGUAGGUGUCAGUUUUUUAAACAUUGUGUGUACAUUUUGUUUUUGUUUUACAGUUGAUCAUUCCAGUAGGAAAGGACAAUGAGAUUUUUGAUCAAAAUGUGUCAUGUUAAUAAGAGAUGUUAUAUUUUUCUCUCAUCCCCCUCCCCUAAAAAGCCACCAUAUAGCUUAUAAAUCUCAAAUUUUUGCUUUUUACUAAAAUACGGAUGUUUCUAUUCAUUGUGUAUGUUUUAUCACCUGUAUUAGUCGAACUCCAUUUAAAUGUUUUCCCUUCCCUCAUGUUGCGAUAAAGAGCUAAUUGAAUGACUUUGGACUCUGACAGUUUUCUCUCUCUUUAAAGAGAAUAAGUAGAAAAGAAUGUGGUUGGGAAUUAUGGUCAAUCAGAGGAUUGGAUCCAGAAGUUUUAAAAAUUCCCCCUUUUUGGACAGUGAAUCCGUUAGAUGAGUUUCAGAGUUAUGUACUGACCGAUGAAGGUUUGAGAGCUCUCUUUGCAGAAUAAUUCUUUUUCUUUGAUUCUACAUUAGAAAAAUAAAAGAUGGGCUUGGGGAUAUGAUAAAAUCUAGAUUUUGUUUUUGGUCCUUCUCUCUCAGUAAUAAGUGAACCACUUCCUGAAUGUGAUCACCGAGUUUGGAAAGUUUUCUUCACAGGGGUUUGGUCGUCUGAGAGGGGAAUAUGAUUAAUAACUCAGACUGGCCCAUUAUUUCUUUUCUUCAUUGGAGGAGAAAAGUUAUGUAGAUAACCACAUGAAGACAGAAAAACAAUUAUGGCAAAAUCACGGAUCCUGUUUGCCCAGUGAGAAAAGAGAUGGUGGCAUUUGAUAGUUUUCUCUUUGUUUCCAGAAUGGAUGAAAGCCCAGGAUCGCACUGAGUUAUAAUUUAAAUCUGUUUGGGGCAAGGUGCUUUUAAAGUUGAGACAGAGCCCCAGGUCCUUCCUGCCCCAUCCUCAGUGACCUUUCACCUCCAUUGUGUGCGUGUUUGUUGUGGAGGGAGGGCUUAGCUAAGCUAUUUGUUUAACCUCCCUAAGAACUUCCCAAGGCAUCUAUCCUGAAAGCUGUUAAUUUAUGGUCUAGCAGAUUAAUAUUAUAUGCAGAUAAUAGUUAACUGGGGAUAAAGGAAUGAGAAGGUGUCCCCCUUCUCAAAGUGGCAAAGUGAAUGCGUCACCAGUGGCAAUCCCAGCUCCCGCCUCCCCUCCGUUGUGGAGGGAGGCAGGACGGUGUUUUUGAAGUGCUGGGACUGAAUCGUGCGUUAUUUCUCAUUGCUGCUGAAAGCACCCUGGGAAGACGUGCUGGCUGACGUGGACUGUCACGUGUCUCAGUGUCAGUCUGUUGCUUAUACAAUAAUAAAAGAAGUUGGGGGUUUUGUUUUGGUGUGGUAGAGAUUUUUUUUUUGUUAUUUAGUUUUGCCUUUAUAGAUUAUAUGCCAAGAUAGUAUUUGAUAAGUCAAUGGCAUUUGGGUAUUUCCUUCAAAGAAUUUUAUUUGACCUGGAUUUCUUACAAAAUUAUCUUACAUUAAGGAUAUCAUUUUUAUUAGACUUUUCUAUGUAUUAUUUGUGGAGCGUAAUGUUGCAUUUCUCUAAAUUUUAUCCCUAAAAGGGUAACGUUGCUUCCUAAUUUAUCAUUUUGUCUUUGCGCUUUGUCCUCCUCUUCUGUGGCAAAGCUUUAUCUGCUCCAAACCAGUUAAUCCUGUGAAACACAUACUGAUUAUAACCCAGAAGAAUCUCUGUAUUUUCCAGUGGGGAACGCCAUAUUCAAUACACCAGCAUUAAUCUUUUAAUAACUGGCAGAGCACUUUAUUCUUCUGGUGAGCUCCCUGAGUAUUUAUUUUUCUUAUUAUAAAUAUUCCAUGUCAGUAGUAUUUUUCUAAUUAUUACCUCUUUGCUAUAGAGCAUUUACUUUUAGUCUCUCUGGAUGUAUAUUUUGGAGUGCUGUACUCAGUAUGAUAUGGAUUAAAAUCACAGUACGUGACUCUUAAACACCCCCUACCUGGAUUUCUCAAUUUCCAAAUUCAGUGAUAGGUUGAGAUUUAGAACAUUUCUCUAGACUUGCAAGGACUGAAUGUUGCCCGCUAAGGUAGCAGCCUAAGAGUGAUGCUCCCUGCUUAUGCUUGCAGCAGCAUACAUGUUUCCUACUGAUUCACGUUACAUUUAGAGUCAAAAACUAAAACCUAAUCAUUUGAUCACAGUAUUACGAUAAAUAAAAAUAAGAGUUUAAAUCUUGAAAAUAUUAGUGCAGCGUUAUAUUUAAAAAUUAUCUACAACAGAAAUGUGUUCUUGGUACCAUUUUCAAGGGGACUAUAUGAGAACCAGUUUUAUAGACAAUAAUUCCCGCCUCCCCCUGCUCAAGUGUGAAUCUUGUGUUCUGGUAAUUUUUGUGAUGUUUGGAGUUUGGUCAUCCCUAUUGGAAGGAGAGGCUUUUCAGACAUCAGGGAAGGGAAAAUGUACUGACUCGUGUUACGCAAAUCUAAUGUGGCUUCAGUUUGUGCCCCUCCAUCCCCCAGAUGUAGGGUAUUGGGUUUGGAUUCUCAAUGUAUCAUUAAUAUUAAUCUCUGUCUUCUGUUUCUUUAAGUUUUUAGGUUUGUAUCUGUCUGUGCUGUAUUGCUUUUGGAUACAUUUUCUAAUUAAAAACCACAUGAGAAAUAUAAUCAGUAUAGUAACGCCUUGAUGUACACAUAAUAAAUAAACGGCUGCAGUGAUGUACCCGAGCUCUCCUGGGGUGUUUUUGGGGGGCAGGGGAUUGGUAGCCGGUAGUUUCCAUGAAGUCAUCAUGGGAAGAAGUCAUGUUCACAGAAUAGGAUGAGAGGAAUUAUUCUUAGAAGACUCCGUCUUCUAUGACCUUUGCUUAUCAAAAUGUCUCAGAAAAAACACAUUUGAAAAUACUGCCACAUUUAUUCUACUUUAAUUCAUUUUUAUGUUCUUCAUGUAAUAGGUACACAAUAAAUCUUUGUGAAUUAAUAGAUAAAUAAGCUCUAUUGUCUUUUAAAAAAUAUUUGUUGCUGAAAUUAUUCAUUGGAAUAACCUGUUAUAUCAAGCAAUAUAUUGUAUAUCGUAUUCAAACAACCUAAGUCCCCGUCUACAUUUUUCGUUGGCCACAGUAUGUUACUUCCUGCUUAACUCAUCCUGAUCUCAUUAGCUCACUUUUCUGUAACUAGGUCGGCCCACCUAUUCCUCGUUUGUUUAUUGACUUGAGUAAGAUUUUUUCCCAACUGUAUAAAGUUAAGAGGAAAUGUUUCUGUUGCAGACUAUAUAUUGGAAAUAAAACAAAAAUUCAA